UGACGCUUCAAACAGUUUCAUCUCUGACUUUGCGAAGCAAACAUCGAAAAGUAUUGCGAUUGAAUAACUAUCAUCAUGGCCCCGAAGACGAGUGGAAAAGCCGCCAAGAAGGCCGGGAAGGCCCAGAAGAAUAUUUCCAAGGGAGACAAGAAGAAGAAGCGCAAGCGGAAGGAGAGCUACGCCAUCUACAUCUACAAAGUGCUGAAGCAAGUCCAUCCCGACACUGGGAUCAGCAGCAAAGCCAUGAGUAUCAUGAACAGCUUUGUGAAUGAUAUUUUUGAGCGCAUCGCUGCGGAAGCUUCUCGCUUGGCGCACUACAACAAGCGCUCCACCAUCACGAGUCGCGAAAUCCAGACGGCAGUGCGUCUCCUCCUGCCCGGAGAAUUGGCCAAGCACGCCGUGAGUGAGGGCACAAAAGCCGUCACCAAGUACACCAGCUCCAAGUAAAGAAGGACUCGCGCAUUCUCCCCCCAGAAACAUCUUCUGUUUUUCAACAACAAAAAAACCGCCCUUUUCA